AUGCCUUUUAAAGCAUUUGAUACCUUCAAAGAAAAAAUUCUGAAACCUGGAAAGGAAGGAGUGAAGAAUGUCGUGGGAGAUUCGUUGGGGAUUUUACAAAGGAAAAUAGAUGGGACAAAUGAGGAAGAAGAUAACAUCGAGCUGAAUGAAGAAGGAAGGCCAGUACAGGAAUCCAGGCAAGGGCCUGCACUCUGCAAUUGCCACUGUUGGGGCAUCCCCAAGCGUUACAUCAUUGCCAUCAUGAGUGGGCUGGGCUUCUGCAUUUCCUUUGGGAUUCGGUGCAAUCUUGGGGUAGCCAUUGUAGAAAUGGUCAACAACAGCACUGUGUAUGUGGAUGGAAAACCAGAAAUUCAGAUAGCACAGUUUAACUGGGAUCCAGAGACUGUGGGUCUUAUCCAUGGAUCUUUUUUCUGGGGUUACAUUGUGACACAAAUUCCAGGUGGCUUCAUUUCCAACAAGUUUGCAGCAAACAGGGUCUUUGGAGCAGCCAUCUUCCUAACAUCUACUCUGAACAUGUUUAUCCCUCCGGCUGCCCGAGUACAUUAUGGCUGUGUCAUAUGCGUCAGGAUCUUGCAAGGCCUCGUGGAGGGUGUGACCUACCCAGCCUGCCACGGAAUGUGGAGUAAGUGGGCACCACCUCUGGAGAGAAGCCGACUGGCCACGACUUCUUUUUGUGGCUCCUAUGCAGGGGCAGUGAUUGCCAUGCCUCUGGCAGGGGUGCUGGUUCAGUACGUCGGCUGGGCUUCCAUCUUUUAUAUUUAUGGUAUGUUUGGGAUCAUCUGGUACUUGUUUUGGCUGUUGCAGGCCUAUGAGUGUCCAGCAGCUCACCCAACAAUAUCCACUGAAGAAAGAACCUACAUAGAGACAAGUAUAGGAGAAGGAGCCAAUUUGGUUAGUCUAAGUAAAUUUAAUACACCAUGGAAAAGAUUUUUUACAUCAUUGCCUGUGUAUGCAAUAAUUGUGGCAAAUUUUUGCAGAAGCUGGACCUUUUAUUUGUUGUUAAUAAGUCAGCCUGCUUAUUUUGAAGAGGUUUUUGGAUUUGCAAUAAGCAAGGUGGGUCUCUUGUCAGCGGUUCCUCAUAUGGUCAUGACCAUCAUCGUGCCCAUUGGAGGACAGUUGGCUGAUUAUUUAAGAAGCAGAAAAAUUUUGACCACAACUGCAGUCCGAAAAAUCAUGAAUUGUGGAGGCUUUGGCAUGGAAGCCACCUUACUCCUGGUGGUUGGCUUUUCCCACACCAAAGGAGUUGCCAUCUCCUUUCUCGUACUGGCUGUAGGAUUCAGUGGUUUCGCUAUUUCAGGUUUUAAUGUCAACCACCUGGAUAUUGCACCCCGCUAUGCCAGCAUUCUCAUGGGGAUUUCAAAUGGAGUUGGAACUCUUUCUGGAAUGGUCUGUCCCCUCAUUGUUGGUGCAAUGACCAAGCACAAGACCCGUGAGGAAUGGCAGAAUGUUUUCCUCAUUGCCGCUCUGGUGCACUACAGUGGGGUGAUCUUCUAUGGGAUAUUUGCAUCAGGGGAGAAACAGGUCUGGGCUGAUCCUGAGAAUCUCUCUGAGGAGAAGUGUGGAAUCCUUGACCAAGAUGAACUAGCUGAGGAGGCAGAACUCAACCAUGAGAGUUUUGUAAGCCCCCAAAAGAAGAUGUCCUAUGGAGCUACCACCCAGAAUUGUGAGCUCCAGAAGGAAUGGAAAACACAGAGAGGGGUGGUCCUUGAUGAGGAAGAGCUGAUGUCUUACCAGAAUGAAGAGGGAGACUUCUCAGACAUGUCAUAA